GACCUUAAACCAACCCUCAAGGUUUUAGAUAACAGCACGCGCGGAACAACAACAGUGACGUCAUUUCCGCCCACUGCCUAGCGAACAUGGCGUUGCUUCUAAGGACGUUUGCCCGUCAGGGCGUCUGUCUUUCCAGACCACAGUACAAUGUUCUCUAUAGACAUGCUGCUCCAAUGGGGAGCACAGCUAAGGAUGAGAUGAACAAGUUUUGGGCCAAAAAUGCCAGAUUAAACCGACCCAUGUCACCCCAUUUAACAAUCUACAGAUGGUCUGUCCCCAUGGUGAUGUCCAUCACAUUCAGAGGAACUGGAGUGGGACUCAGUGGAGCCAUUUCAGCCUUUGCCGUGGCCGCGCUGGUGUUACCAGGAAACUAUCCAGACUACCUGGACUUAAUCCACUCGCUGACCGUCGGCCCUUACCUCAUCGGGCUGGCCAAGUUCGGCAUUGCCUUCCCCGUCUCCUACCACACCUACAACGGCAUCCGUCACCUGUGGUGGGAUAUCGGUAAAGGCUUCAGGAUCCCAGAGGUCUACCGCACAGGCUACACCGUCAUCGGCCUGUCCAUCCUCACAUCCAUAGCUAUCGCCAUGCUCUGAGCAGCGGGGGGGGGGUGGAAGGAGCUGCGGCAUGGAUGCACUUUGGGUGUUUUAUGUAUAUGUCCUGUUCUGGCCCACUGCAGGUCGGAUCAUCAAAGUAUUGAAUAAAGAUUUAAAUUAUACCAUUCACAGAA